CUGCUGUCCGCGCCCGCCGCGCGUCGCUUCCCGGCGCACCCCGCGGCGGCAGCGGAGCCGUCCCCGUCCCGAGUGUGACCUUCGCCGCUGCGCUGGCACGAUGGUGCAGACCAUGAUUCCAAAGGCAUUGAGACCCAUGACAUUCUACUUCUCUACUGUGUAUCAAGAAAUAUGGGUUGGUGUAGCAUUAACAACUUACGCCUACUACAAGAUUUCAUAUGGGGGCAAAAAAUCAUCAGGAAAUAAGUCCUCUGGUUCUGGCCAUCAUUAAAGAUCUCUUCUCUUCUUGGAAUAUGAAUUUGGUGGUUCAUCAUUUCUACUGCAAAUGAAGGGAGUUACAAUCAUACUAGAACUGUACCUGAUCCAUCUGCUGUAAUUGGAAAAAGAAUAAAUCCACUGAGCAAAAAGAAAUUAAAGAUGUUGGACAAUAUA